GAUUAAAAAAUUACAAUAUAAAUAUAGUAUUAAAAGUUAAAAAUAAUAUUAGUUUAUUUACUGAACAAAAUUUAUUAUUUAAAGUGUAAAAUUUAUAUAAACAAUAUCUCCAAUUGAAACUAAGAAUCAAAAAUACAAAAUGAAAGCUUUUGGCCUAAGUUUUGCGCCUAUGAACGUUCCUCUUAGAAGAAGAUUACAGACACUUGCGGCUACAGCAUGGAUCAUCAGUUUUGCUUUUGGAAAUGUAAUCGGUUAUAUACUUGCUGCAUUAAUUCUAUUAUUUAUUCCAUGGCUUCGACUUCCAUUAUUAAUGUACUUUUUCUUUAUGUAUUGCGAUCGUUAUUCAUGCAUCGAAGGAGGACGAAGUGAAAAAUAUACAAGAUGGAUGAGAAAUUCCCUGUGGUGGCAUUAUUUUCGCGAUUAUUUUCCAAUAAAAUUGGUAAAAACGAAAGAUUUAGAUCCAGAGAGAAAUUAUUUAUUCUGCUCAUUUCCUCAUGGUGUUCUGUCAACGGGAGCAUUUUGUGCCUUUGGAACUGACGUUUUAAAAUGUCAAGAACUCUUUCCAGGAUUGGACUUUAGAUUGCUCACCUUGGAACCACAUUUCAGUGUUCCUAUACUGAGAGAAUUGCCAGCUAGUUUUGGUUGUUGCAGUGCAAGUGCAGCGAGUUUAGAAUAUUUACUAUCUAAUAAGCCAGACCAACGUCCGGGGUAUAAUUUCACACCAAAAAAAAGCAAUGCUCCAGUACUUGUCGUUGGAGGUGCUUCUGAAGCUUUGCAGUGUAAACCAGGGACUUACCGUCUUGUUCUUAAACGAAGAAAAGGAUUUAUCAGAUUAGCACUUAAACAUGGAACACCCUUGGUUCCUGUUAUCUCAUUUGGAGAAACCGAUCUUUACGAUCAGAUAAAUAAUCCAGAAGGAUCGCUUGUGAGAAAACUUCAAAACAAAUGGCAGAAAAUGACUGGAGUUGCGCCAGUUUUGGCAUUAGGACGAGGAAUAUUUCAAUAUACUUUCGGAAUUGUCCCUCAUCGAAAACCGAUUACAGUUGUUGUUGGUGCUCCUCUGGAUCUUCCUAAGUUAGAAAAUCCAAGCACAGAAGAUAUUGACGAAUAUCACGAAAGGUUUACCGAACAUCUGAUUAAUUUAUUUGAAAGUGAAAAAUCGAAGUAUUUAAGUAAUUAUGAGAGUGUUUCGAUAACUUUUGAAUAAAUGUGAAGUGUGGUAAAUGGAAAUGAUAAAAAAUGUUUAAGUUGCAUAGAGGUAAUUGUUUUCUAUAAAUUUUUAUUUGUUAAAUAAUUUGUAUUACAAUCAAAUAUACAUUAUUGUAUAAAAAUCUA